AUGCAUACAGUCUUUCGGGCCCUGUGGGCGGUAUCAAUUUCGCUGCUCGCCUUGCUGUGUGUAACAUCGGCAUGUGUGAACUCGCCAAUCGGUCUACACGACGAACUUGGCGAAUACGAUGAAGUGUCACGUCACGAUACGAGAAAUGUUGGUGCUUGCAAAGACUCGGUGGCCGGCAUCGACCACGAACGAGCCCUAACAACUGAUACGAAUACCGCGCUCGAGGAUGCGACAACUACCCAGUCCACGAUCAACCACCUCUACCACAGGCAUGGGACCGGUCCGGAGAUGCUGAGGGCCCGAGGCGUCACAACGAAUAGCUCCAUGGCUACGACUUCCAAUCCAGCGGCUCUGUCUUGUUAUACCGCGUAUUCUAAAUGGCGAGCUGGGUCAAUGAGCUGGGCCCUGACCGCUAUCGGCAACCAGACAUGGCCCACGACAAUUUCUACCAGCACCAUCACACAAACAAUUGAUACAGUGGCGACGAUCUACCCUUCUGGGAGCCUAUCGACAUACAAGCUCUGCGACGGCUCUCCGCGCGUGGAUUAUGAGCCAUUAACUCUAACUUCACAGGUCACCUCUGUCUCUGAGUUUGAUGUCUAUGUCACCGUAGGGCUUCCUACCUAUUCCUCGGUCAAUCCACGCAAGGCGUCCUCCGAAGAGUGCGAAUAUCUUUAUUACCACAGCGGUCUUUCUUGGGAUGAUAUCACAUUGAUGGCACUCUGCGGAUCUCCUGCGCAUCUUGGUUUGCCAUGCUUGAUUAUGGGUGGACCUGUCCAGCUCGCCUACUUUCCAGUCACCACAGUCGGAAGUGACAAAUGUCACAACAACGGAUCUACUAUCACAAAUACUGGAGGCCCUACAUCUAUCGAGGCAUUGGGCACCACACUUACUUCUGGUUCGGUCUACCUCUCUUUCAAGAGUCUGUAUGCAUUCCAAGAAGGUUUUGGUGAAAGAAUCGGUCCCGCAUUCACUGAUUUCGUCCUACCAUUACCGUCAAGUGCCAUCUCAACGCAGUGUGGUGGAUGGUUCUCUGCCCAAGGCCCAGGGACGCCCUUGAAUUACGCCGACCUGAAUUUCCCUUGGCCAGCAAGUGCAUACAACUGUAUGAACCGAUGUCGUACUGAUCUAUCCUUCACCAUAAGCAACGGCACUGGAGUCCGAUGGACGCCUCCUCCACAGUGCUCUACUAUUUGGUCGGACAUGAAUCCUAUACUCGCAAUGCCGACAGAAGUACGCAACCUGGUCCCAGCAUGGUCUACGUGCAGCAUGUGGGAUGCAGCGCUGCCCAACUUUGUAUUUGACCCGCCUCGUGCGCUGGUCGCAGGCACAGCGGUCGCCACUCCAACACCUGCCUGGAUGCACCAGGAUUCUACUACCCCUGCAUCUCCAGCAGCUACUUCGUACACUGCGCUGCCGGAAACUAUAGCUUCUACAUCAACAACUUCUACCACUACUACACCUUCUGCCGAUCCAUCCAGCACGGCGUCUAGCUCAAUUGCUCAUGUUGUAGCCACACCAACCAGGGGUAUCGGUGCCACAGGUAUAAGCAUAGAAUUUGAUGUCGACGGUCAUACAUUCACGGCAUCAGCAGGCGACAAUGCCUUUUCCAUCUCGGGCCAGACUAUCUCAGUUGGUGGACCUGCUCAAGUGGUGGAAGGCGAGACUAUCAGUCUGGCUCUGUCAGGCUUUGUAGUCAAUGCGACCACGACCAUACCGUUCACUUCCACACGUCCAUCGACAGCCAGCAGUGACACGGAGACCUCAUUACAGCAGUCGCACACCGCUGGUAAAGGCACUACUUCAUCUGGUGGUACUACUUCGUCCGGAGGCUCAUCAAUCGCGAUUUCCUGGGCAGGUAUCUCCUUGAUGCCCCUGCUCGCUAUGCUGCUAUCAUAA